AUGAAAACUCGUCGUGUGCGUCGUCCGCGAAUCGCCACUUUGGCAGAGGUUUUUGCUCCCAGUCAUCUUUCUGAUGUGCCCCCACCUUCACGUUGUGAUCCACAAAGGCCCCUGGAUUCGAGUGGUUUCGAGGCUAUGCUCACCCAUUCAAGCCUGUCCGACUGUUCAGUCGGCAACACACACACUCGCAAGGAGUCAAUUGUUGUGUCUCCGUUGCCGCCGCUGGCCCCACCACAAUCGGUUACAGACAUCGCCUAUUCCCAUGCCAACGGUCUUCUGCAUGGAGAAGACCAAAUCGGGCCUUGUCUGUAUCCGGACGAGGCGGAG